UACAUUUGAUUUAGUCUUGGAUUCAAUUCCACGCUCGAUUUAAGUAACAACAGUGAAACAUCAAACAAUCAGCGACAUCUGUUCAAUGAAGAUGAAUGGGAAAAAAUUAAAAAUGACUACGACGCCAAAGUCAAAUUCGAGGAUAUCCCUGAGAGCAUAAUGACGGAGCUGAAAGAGAUUGAACAUCUUGCUGAAGGCAGUCUUACAAAAGCCUAUCAAGAAUGUUUGAUGAAGCAAGCAAAAUAUGCCUUUACUAAAGAAGAGACAUAUUUUAAAAUAUACGCUCAUGUUACUUCUGUCAUGAAACUUCACCCUGAAUAUUUGGAGGCCUAACCUCAACAUACAACUGAAGCAAACACUUGUAUACAAAUCUGGAGCCCUAUUAUAGACUCCAUUUUCGAGCACCCAACCCUAAAAAUUAUGUGGGGUGAUUCUGUUAAUGGCCAAUCUUCGAUAGCAAAGAAGGCAAAUCAAGAAUCAAAAAAAAAGUGCAUUGGGGACAAGAUCGACUUCCGCGUUUGUUGCAAAGACCGAAACAAGUUAGUUGAUUUGCUAAAUGGAGAAAUCGCCAGAGAUCAGACUAAUAGCAAAAAAUAUUUCGAUGAUCAUGCCAAAUUGUGCAGAGAGAGUAAAAUAAUUUCUGAUCAAUUUUACUCCUCCCCACACAUCAAAAAUAAAGAAAAAAAGGCACUCAAAGUUCGUGGUAUACAACUUUGUGGUAUCGAAGGAGAAAUAACAGAGACACGUUUGGUCGAAGAGGGCCUAUAUACCUUUUCUGUACUAGGUUCCUUACGUCUUCCAACUUCCGAAGACCAUUUAUAUCGUCUUAGGACGUUGAUAAAACGUCUUUUUGAGAUAAAAAGGGGUUGUUUGGCAUUGGCCAGAACCUACAGAAAAAUGAAAGAAGCGAGGAAAGAUUUUGAAAAAAAACAUGGCUAAAAAUAGAAAUGCAAGGCGCUCACCAGAUAGCAACUCUGAUGUUGAAGACCACGAUACUAUAUUUAAAUCUGCCAAGUAUAUAGGCUGGGUCAGAGGCAGCUGGUUUCCAUCUAGUCGAAGCAACAGCCAAGUUUAUGAUGGCUCUUUACCUGCCUUUCUUCUGUCCCCCCCUCCUCGUCUAGACAACUAAUCGUCUUUUUCUACCGC